CCCUGCUUCACCACACACUCCAGUACUAGUAGUGGCAGCAGCCAACACAAGUGUGUUCAGUGUCCGUAGCUUCAGUUUGUGCUCUGUAUAAACUGGCCAUUUAGCAUCAAUCAUGGCCGCCGGAGUACAAAUCUAACACGUCUUUUCCUCCCUGUCGUCUGGAGGGGAGGAUUUUGUUUAAGGAAACAAAAUAUUAGUCCCACAGAGAUUUGGAUUUCCUCUUGGAAUUACAAUACAUUUCACAAGGGAAAUACCAUUCAUGUCAAUACUCCAAAAUGCAGCCGCCGCCGAGGAAGGUCAAAGUGACGCAGGAGCUGAAAAACACACACACAGAGCAGAUGACAAGACUGCACUUUAAACACCAGACUGAAUGUGACCUGCUGGAAGACAUGCGGAGCUACAGUCUGAAAAAGGGACAGCUGGAGAGGGACUAUGCACAGGCUUUGCAGAAGUUGGCAAGUCAGUACUUAAAAAGAGACUGGCCUGGAAUCAACCCUGACGAUCAGAGAACAGACUACAGGAAUGUAUAUGCAGUGUGGAGAUCCUACUUAGAAGGUACAGUGCAGGUGAGCCAGUCCAAGCUCAAUUUGUGUGACAACUACAAGAGUCAAGUAUCAGAACCUGCAAAGACUGUGAGAUUCUACAAGGAGCAGCAACUCAAAAAGACCAUAGAUCAGUUGAGUGGCAUUCAGGCAGAACUGCAGGAGUCAGUGAAGGAGUUGGCCAAAGCCAAGAAAAAAUACUACGACUGUGAGCAGGUGGCCCACGCAGUACGAGAGAAAGCCGAUAUAGAGGCCAAGUCUAAACUGGGUCUUUUUCAGUCAAGAAUUAGUUUACAGAAAGCUAGUGUAAAGUUGAAAGCUAAGAGGAGUGACUGUAACUCCAAAGCAACACAGGCCAGGAAUGACUACUUACUAACGCUAGCUGCUGCCAACGCUCACCAUGACCGCUACUACCACACGGAUCUACUGCACUGCAUACAGGCCUUGGAUGGCAGGAUCUAUGAGCAUGUGAAAGACUACCUGGUAGCGCUGUCUCGUACUGAGCUCGAGGCCUCCCAAGCCACACACAACACCUUCCAGUUCCUGCUGGACAAAUCCACCAGGAUAAUACAAGAGUUCAACCAGCAGUUAUUCAUGCAGGAGAACCCAGUAUUCCACAAAGCACACGACUUCCAAUUCCAGCCCAGCGAAUGCGACACGACUCUGAGCUCGGUGCAGCAGUUGGUGGACAUUGAACCGUCGCCCGUCAGUGCCAUGAGAAUGACCCUGGCACAGAGUCGUCAGCUGGAGUCGGAGACAGGGACGACGGAGGAGCACAGUCUGAACAAGGAGGCCAGGAAAUGGGCAACCAGAGUAGCCAGAGAACACAAGAAUAUAAUACACUACAAGAGAUCUUUGGAGGAGUGUGAGAGCCAUGGCUUGCCCCCGACAGAGCAGGGCAGAGCAGAUCUAGAGCUGAAAAUCGAAGACACCAAAGAAAACAUACGCAAAGCGGAGACUAUAAAGUUGAAAGCUGAGGCUCGGCUGGACCUUCUGCGGCAGGUUGGAGUUGCUGUGGAUACCUGGCUGAAGAGUGCCAUGAACCAGGUGAUGGAGGAGCUGGAGAAUGAACGUUGGGCCAGCUACACUUCCCACGAUCCCUCACUGUCGGGCACAGUGGACUUGGAGCGUGAGGAGGGUGAAGAGUGUGAAGAAAAUAUGGAAGUUUUUGACGACAGCAGCUCCAGUCCCUCUGGAACACUUCGCAACUACCCACUAACCUGUAAAGUCCUCUACUCAUACAAGGCGUCCCAGCCAGAUGAGCUAACCAUUGAUGAGCAGGAGAUGUUGGAGGUCAUUGAGGAUGGAGACAUGGAGGACUGGGUCAAGGCUCGCAAUAAAACAGGACAAGUAGGCUACGUCCCAGAGAAAUACCUGCAGUUCCCAGCCUCCAACAGUCUACUGAGCAUGCUUCAGUCUUUGGCCACACUCGAUGCCAGAUCACACACUUCAUCUAAUUCAACUGAGCCUGAGCUGCACUCCGGCUGCAUCAAUGGAGACACUAACAUGGUUUAUGUCCGCGCACUUUAUGAUUACGAGGGCCAGGCCGAUGAGGAGCUGUCCUUUCCUGAGGGGGCCGUGAUUCGCCUGUUGAGCCGUGACACACAGACAGAUGAUGGAUUCUGGGAGGGGGAGCUAAACGGACGGGUUGGAGUCUUCCCCUCUGUGCUGGUCGAGGAUCUUAAUGAGAAUGGGGAGACCAGCGGAGGAGGGGCAGGGGACAUUCAGAUCUCUCCAUCUCUGAAGCUACCAUCUUCUCUGCCACCUCUUCCACUGUAUGACCAACCUCCCAUCAGCCCUUUCACCAGCCCUGAGACCUCCACCCCACCUCCUCUCCCACGCUCACCGUCUGCUGCACUCAAUGGGGAACACAAGCCUCCACUGCCCGCCUCUUCACACAAGGGAUCUCUGUCCACCCACAAUCAAAGCUCUGGCAGGAGUCCAGUGUCUCCAGGAUUUCCUCAGAGUCAGCCACCUCGAUUCAACUCUGAAGGAGGCCCAGGCAAACUGCGACCUGUGCGAGCUGCUCCUCCUCCACCCAAACAGCACGCCCGCCGACAGCAGGAGAAGAACGACAAGACAGAGGAGGUGGAGAUCACGCUGGUGUGACAGACGGAGACGCUGGCAGGCAGUUGUACACAAAUAAACAUAUAUAAACAGAUGACAGACAGACGUGUCCUACAGGCUGAGAGAGCUGAACUGAACUUAAAUAAAGUGAUGUGAAGUAAACUGAACUAAACUAUGUCAAACCCCCCCCCCAUCCACUGCAGAGAGGGGGCACGAAGGCAGAGUAUCCAAUGAAAUAAUCUCUGUAUUACCUUCCUUAUGAAGUGCAGCCGUAGCCGCCCCCUCAUCCAUCUCCGCCCUUCCCGUCCUUUCGUUCUAGCCUUAAAACAUCACCUCACGGGGCAGCAAACCACAGCACACUGAAGACGAGGAGAAAGAGAUGGAAGAAGUUUUGGAGUGUGAGGGGAAUUAAUGAUGGGUUUGGCAAGUUUCUGUUUUUUAAGUCUUCUUAAACUUACUUCAAAAUAAUUGGAGACAGAUUAUCUCAACGCCUUGCACAUUUCAGAAACGCCACUUGAAAACAAAUAAUCAAGAUAAAAGGAGGCUUGAUGAGUGAGAGAAACCAAAAAAAAAAACUUGCCAGGUUUGUCAUUAUUGCAAUUAGAGUCGUUGAAGGAAAUGGACAGUGAAAGUGUUCCCAAAGCCCCUCCCUCACCAUAUAUAUCAUCCUACGUACUCAAUGUGUAUUAGUACAGUACAUUACUGUUGUCAUAGGAAUGUUAUGCACAGCGUUUCUUAUAGACUAACUCAGCUGAAUGGGACGUCUGGUAUGUAGUGGAAGUUUUAUCUCUAUCAUAUACUGAAAGGGCAUUGUAAAUACAGUAAGGAGGAGAUAAGAGGAGAAGGAAGUAAGGGAGGAGAGGAGGAUAGAAAGAGGAAGAGGGAGGCUGGAUCCUUCCUCGUGCUCUUUCUCCACUUUUUGUCCCAUCCCUCUCUCCUCUCUCUCCCUCUUUUCUCUAGAGUCUGUUCUGUCCGUCGGCGGUCAGUGUGAAUCAGUAUCAUAUAAACACAUACAGUUACAUAAUAUUGCACAUGUUGCUCUGUGUCAUCAUGUGACCCGCUGUGUGUCUGUCACUGAUUGGUGGAUUUCAAAGGCACUGAAAUGGAUGGUAUUCACUAUGUGGUGACAAAGAAAAGUUUUUUUUGAGAUGCUAUAGACAGUGAAAAAGUAUCUGAGGUCAGGAGUUUGGGUGUUUUUAAUGAUCAGAAUGACCUGUAUAGCUUUUAUACCUACAGCCCAUAACUCCUCUGACAUUGAUUUUGUUCUGUUGUAACACUGAUCGAUCCUCAUGUAAUAUUUGUUUCCUCAACGGAUAAUAAUUUUCAUAUAUUGUCCCACGGAGCAUCUCUGUCUCUUUUAAUACAACAAAGGAAACUUCGUUCCAUCUGAUAUUUCAUUUCUAAUGUGUUUUAUAUAACUACUUGAAUCAAUGACGGUUGAAAACAAGAUUAAAAAAAAAAAGAUAUAUUGUGCAAACUAGCAAACGACAUUCAGAUGACGCUAAGUACAAUUCUGACUUUUUUUUUCUUCUUUUUUCACUGAAAGUAAUUGAAUCUUCCCGCUUACAUACCCCAUCAAGCCUUUAAAUCUCCCUGCCUAAAGGGUGUUGUAGCACUUUUAUUUAUUUGUACCCCCUCCCCAGAAGUAGCAGUACCUUACCUUCAUACAUACAGCGUCAGAACGAACAGAAAUAACUCAGUCGCUGUCGUUGCAAAUGCUGAUCUGAGUUAUUCUGUCAUUCUCAUGCUGUGACUAAUCCUUUUUGUUUCAGUGUGACUGACACAUUUUUACUAUCCUCUACUCUUGUAAAGAGAUCGAGAGAUAAUUGUGGACAGUGUAAUUUGAUGUUUUCCUUACUCUAUAAAAACAAAAAGAUGUUACCCCUAAAGUUUUAAAUGAAGACAUGGAGAGAAUGUAUGUUUUUUUUUUCUUUGUUAUUUCGGUCUUCAGAUAGGCCUGGAUGUUUGUGUGUGUUUAAAGGAGAAAGGAGGAAUUAAGAUGAGAUCUCCGUCUGUCUCGGCCACUAAACAUGUGCCCUAAUUCCAUACUGCGUACUUUAAAACAUUAUGAUGAUGAGCUGGUUUCAUCUGGGUAGAAGAUUUUCACUUCAUUUAGUCCAGGGUCGCUAAACGCAGCACAUCUGAGACAAAGGGGCAGCUUCAAAACAAACCACAGUGAGAAAAGCCUGGCAAAAGACACGUCAUUAAGACAUGUUACUUUCUUAUUACGUAUUAUAAUUAGUGUUACCAAGUUGUCGCAGUAAAAUUCUUGUAAGUGUACACCUGCAGGUCCUUGUAUGCUGCCUGCUAAAGUGUAUCCAUGCCAUGUGUAGUGUGGAAUUGGGGCAGAUCGAGGCUUCGUGAUAGAGAAAGAAAGACCCACAAUGUCCUGGGAGAGAUGAUGCAAUACGAUAUGAAAAUGCUAGAACAUGGAGGCUCAACUUGCUUUUCCUUGGGUGAAUUUUUUGCAGAAUGCCAGGGGGCUAGACACAAGUUUCUGAACAUUAGAAGAGAAAAUCAACAGAAACGUUGCUGAUCUUUUUUUGAAAUCACUGGUUUUUACAUUCACUACCAACUUUGUACAAGGAUUAACACUAAACAGAUAAGUUGAUAUGUUGCCGCUUGUAAUAUUUGCAUUUUAGUUACAAAUGCAUUUAAG